CCAGUUUCUUCUUCAUUUCUUUUCAGUACUCUAUCUCAGUCUCAGUUGGUAACAUCACUUGGAGACAUGCAUUCGUCCGCGCUUCUUCUAAUCGUCGUGGCCGCCAGCAUCGCCGAGGGGCGUGGCCUCCCCGCCGCCGGCACUCCGGCGGCGCAGUUCUGGGAGGAGGCCCUCCCGGGAACCCUGAUGCCAAGGGUCAUCGCGGAACUCGUCCAGAAAGGCAUUGACAGCUCGCCACUCAAGGAGCGCUACGCUGCCCCCCACUUCUCCGCCUGCGGCAAGCCGUCGUCGAGCGAGGAGGCCGAAGCGGCGACGGGGAUCUUCUUCCACGAGGCACAAGCGCGUGAGGGCAGCGUCAUGACGGUGUCCCUCCCGCCCGCCGCGGUGCCGGCAUUCCUCCCGCGCGACGUCGCCGAGAAGGUCCCCUUCGCCAACCUCACUGACGUCCUCGCCACGUUCAACAUCGCACAGGGAUCCACCGAGGCGACAAAGGCGGGACAGACCCUGUGCGGGUGCCGGGCGGCGCCGCUCGCCGGUGAGCAGAAGGCCUGCGCCACGUCCCUGGAGGGCACCGUGCGGGCCGCCACGCGCAUGCUGGGAACCACCGCCAGCGGCCGAGUUUGGGUGGCCGCGUCGGAGGUGCCCCGGGACGGCCUGCCGCGACAAGCGUACGUAGUCAGUGCGGUUGCAGCGCUCGACGGCGACCGUCACGUGGGUUGCCACGACGAGCCAUUCCCCUACGCCGUCUUCCAUUGCCACACGGCACAAUCAUCGACCAGGGCGUAUGAGAUCACGCUCAGCAGCCUCCGUGGAAGGGGCCCGGCGGUCGCCAUGGUGGCGCUGUGCCACCGUGACACCUCCAACUGGAACCCGGCCCACCCGGCCUUCGAGAUGCUGGGCACCCAGCCCGGCGGCGCGCCGGUGUGCCACUUCAUGCCGUACGCCAACCUGGUGUUCAGCGUGAAGGCCUAGCUAGCUACCUACGAGCAAUCCACGGCAUGCCAUCUAGUAUUUGGAUAGCAUGCUACACGUACAGUCUUUGUUCACACACGCUUGGAAUUAAG